AUGGAUCAAUCAGCAGCUGUGCUUUUUCGUCCACCUAAUGAAUUGUUGCAAAAACUGAGCCAAUUUUACAAAAUUGGUGAAAUUAUUAAAUUCCAAGCUUGGCAGUUUGCGAGUUUUCAACGUCUUAGACAGGGAAAGGAUACUUCUCAGGAAGUUUACUACAAACAAUUACUUCAAAAGAAAGAUCGAGAAUUGGAGAAGGCUUUAGAAGAGAAUAAGCGGUUUACUACUCUACUUGAAAACAAAGAAAAGGAAAUUCGUCAACUAUCUCAACAACAAAAAGAAAUGACACAAAACAAUUUAACAAUUAUGGAUGCUUUUUCUGAUGAUUCUUUUAUGCCACCUCCAACAAAGCGUCAAAAAUAUUUAUCUAUGAAUUGUCAUUCUUUUAAUACGCCUCUCUCAUUUGGUGGUGAAUUUAACAAAACGAGUACUCCGAUUCAAAAUCAUUCUCAAUCUUCAUCCAAUUCUUUUGUACCGGCAUCUUCUACUUUUUCUCAUAGGCUUUCUGCUACAGGGUCAAUCUUUCACCGACCGUCGCCUUUACCUCUUGGAAAAAUUACAAAAGGUCAAGUUUUGCCUCCUCAACAAUUUAAACAUCGUUGGUGCAACUCAAGAAGAUUAGGUGCUGCAAUUUAUGAUGAAGAUGAAAAAGAAGUUAAACUUUUGGAUAUGGCUGAAGAUGACGAUUUUUUGGUUCUCGAAAGGCUAUUGCGUGAAGUAAAGCCAAGUCAUAUUCUUGUAAAUCGAUCACAAAGUGCCGAAUAUCAAAUGCAUUUGCGUAAAAAAUGUAGUAUGGUUUCUGGAAUGGAAGAAGAAAUUUCUGACAGAUCAAAUUUAAAAGAAUUUUCAACUUCUCAAUUUGCCCAAACACAAAUAACUUUUGUAAAUACAAUGGAAGAAAAAGAAUUAGAUAAAAGUACAUCAAAAGAGGAAGGAGAAUUGGAUGAUGAUGAUUCUUUACUUUGGCAGCCUUCAAUUACUUUUUUGCCUGAUAUUGCUUUUAGUUUUGGAUUAGCUUGUAAAAAAUUAGAGCAAAUAUUUGGCGCUGGUGUAAGAAAUAAACAAAUAAUGGCUUCUUUUCGACUUGAUUUUACUUCUACAAAUAUGAUUCGUUCAUUGGGGGCACUUUUAAGAUUUAUGGAACAACAUGGAAUUAGUGGGCAAGCUUUUGAAAAUUUAAGUGUAGAAAAGAUGACAACACUUUUUUUUGAUGAUUGCAUCGAAGUUGACUCAACAACACUACGCGCUUUGGAAAUUUUUUAUUCAGAUUAUACUCCAGAAACAAUUCGAAAAAAAUUUGUUUGGGGAAAUAAUAGACGUGAAGGAAUGAGUAUAUUUAAGCUUUGUAAUCUUUGUCGGUCUUCACCUGGAAAACAAAAACUUAGAAAUUGGUUUGAAAGACCAAUAAAUAAUUUAACAAUACUUUCUGAACGUCAUGAAGCAAUUUCAUAUCUCCAUCAGGAUUGUAAUGUGGAAGUUACUUCAUUUAUAUAUAGUUAUGUUAAGGAUAUAUUUUCUAUCAAGCCAAUCUUCCGUCGUAUACGUCGAGGGAAUUUACCAGUUUCUGACUGGAAAAAUUUAUUUUCGAGUAUUUGUGCAAUGAUAAAAAUUGGAGAAUUUUUGACUGAAAAAGAAGUUAAUUUGGCUUUUUUAAAAGGUAAAUUAAACCUCUUUGGGGCAAGACUUCAACAAGUUGCUUGUUUAAUUUCUGAAGUGAUUGAUUUUCAAGAAACACUUGCCGAAAACCGAGUUGUUAUUAAACAAGGAAUAGAUAAGGAUUUGGACAAAAAAAAGAAAUUUUAUGAAAAUUUGCCGGAUGAGUUAACUUCUGUGGCUAGACAGGAAGCAGAGGAAAUUUUGAUACAAACAUGCACUGUUGCUUAUUUACCUAUAGUUGGUUAUUUAUUAAUGGCACCUGCAUCUGUUGAAAUACCUGCAAGUUCGAGUAUGUUAGUUGAAUUGAUUUUUAUCUCAGAAGGAAUGUCUUAUUUUAAAACUAAACGUAUGCGUUUAUUAGAUGAAAAUAUUGGUGAUAUUAAAAUGGACAUUAUUGAUGCUGAAACUAAUAUUGUUUUAAAUUUACAAAAACGUUUACUUGGAUCUCGUCAAAUUGUGUUGGAUGCAAUUGAUUUGGCUGCUACUUUAGAUUGUUUUGUUUCACUUUCACAAGUUGCUCGUAAAUAUAAUUGGAUAUGUCCAAAAUUUGUAGAAGAACCUAUUUUAUCAAUUAAAGAAGCUAGACAUCCAAUAGCUGAACAUUUGUGUAAAACAGGGACUUAUGUAUCUAAUCCAAUAAUUAGUUCAACAGAAGAUGGAAAAAUAAAAAUUUUAUUUGGGCCUAAUUCUUCUGGAAAAAGUGUUUAUCUUAAAAUGAUUGGAGCAAUAGUUUACCUUGCAAGUGUUGGCUCUUUUGUGCCUGCAUAUCGUGCUACUAUAGGAAAAAUUAGUAGAAUAAUGUCAAGGCUUUAUACUGUUGAUUCUGUAUUGGAUGGAAUGUCUUCUUUUGCAAAUGAUUUAAAACAAAUGUCAAGGGCUGUUGCCAGAAGUGAUCAAAAUUCUUUAUUAAUUAUUGAUGAAUUUGGGAAAGGAACACAAACGGAAGUUGGUCUUUCUCUACUAGCUAGCUGUUUAAAUUAUUGGCUUGAAGGUCCAAUAGAAAAAUGUCCGCAUGUAGUCGUUGCCUCACAUUUUUAUGCACUUCCAGAACUUUUAACAGAUCCAAACAAACUAUUAAAAUAUCAAACAAUGGGUGUUAGUAGAUUAGAUGAUGAUACUUUAGAUUUUCAUUUCAAUUUGGUUGAUGGUAUUACUGACUUUAGUUAUGCCACUUUUACUGCUUUAAAAAUGGGAAUACCUAGAGAGGUUGUUGAACGUUCUGAAGAGGUCUAUCUAAACUUAAGAUCAGGUGGUUUAUUGUCUGAUUUAACACCCAUUAAAUUACCGGAAUUAUCAAUUAUUAAAGAAGAAUUAAAUAAUGAAGAACAAAAAACAGAUGAAUCUAAUAUUAUAAGUAAAGUAGAUGAAACUAUUUUUGAUCAUCUUUUAGAAAAUAAAGAAAUUAUUUUUGAAGAAGUAAUUGAAAAGAAUAAUGAGGAAAAUAAUGAAAAAGAAAAAAUUAAUUUUACUAUUGAAGAAGAAAUUGUUGGGAAAGAGGAGGAAGGAGAUAAUGUUAAUAAAAUUAUUAAUUUUAUUGAAAAAAUAGAAGAAAGAAAAGAAAAAGAGAAGGGAAAAGAGAAUGUUGAGAAAGAUGAAGAAAAUAAAAAAGAAAAUAAUAUUAAUUGUGUUGAUGAAACAAUUUUUGAAGAAGAAGAAGGAAAUAAUGCAAGUAUUUUAAUAAUUGAUGAAGAAGAAGAAGAAGAGGAGGAAGAUGAUUUUAGUAAAAUAAUUGAUGAUGCUGAUAAUGAAUUUUCUUUUUAA